UUCCCACCACAUUGUGACAACGCCGGAGUGCAUUGUCUCUUCUCUUUCUCUCCCAACUUCAAUCUAAUUCAAGUGCUCCCCCCUUUUGUCUGCGGUGGUCAUGUCCCCGGUUCCAUCACCGCCUCCAAAGUCCCAGCUCAACCACGUGAGGCCCAACUCGUCGGCAUCUAGCCCAAGUCAACGCCGAAUGCCCACCCCUGGUCAUUCGUCCCGGCCGGGGUCUGCAGGCUCUUCCACCCCUCUACCACCAACCACCGUGGAUGAACCUAACCCUCAGCCCAUGACUACCAGCGCAUCGCCUUCUGAGGUAGCGGGCGCAGAGCCUCCCAGCUCCUCCGCCACUCCAGCUCCUUAUGGGACUCGAUCGAGGGGUCGAAAUGCCCCUCGUCCAAACUACGCUGAGGAUCGCGACAUUGACAUGGACCUCGAGGUUGCCAACCCGGGGUCGAAAUCGUCUAAACGCUCCAGUGGCGUGGCGCCGAAUAACACCAUCAACGGCUCUAAACCUGAAGGCGAAAAGACUACUUCAUCUAAUACACGAAAAAGUCUCACGGCUGUAAAUGGGGCCACUUCGACGCCCUCCGCCAAGGAAUCAAUUCCCGGGACUUCGUCUUUCUCCGCUAAACCGGAUGACGGGAAUUCCUCAUCAAAUUCAUCGAGAAAACGGAAACAGCCAGCCAGCACACCCAACAACUCGAAUACGACAAAUGGCAACGCUGCAAAGAAGAUUUUCACUACUGCACCUGGCAUUGUCCAAGGGCAAAGUGAAACAAAUAUGGUCACUUUUGAAAAUAGUGGUGCUCGCUUAAAAGAUGGCAAACUGAAAGCCGAUGACGGCACAACUUUUGCCGUGAAUGACCAUGUGUAUCUCAUUUGUGAACCGCCUGGCGAGCCGUAUUAUUUGGCACGGAUUAUGGAAUUUCUUCCUUCCAAGGAUCGGCCGUCUGGACCGAUUGAGGCAUUAAGGGUCAACUGGUAUUACAGACCGCGUGAUAUUCAGCGGAGCGUUGCCGACACUAGAUUGGUGUUCGCGUCAAUGCACUCGGAUACUUGCCCGCUUACCUCAUUACGUGGAAAAUGUGAAAUCCGACAUCAAUCAGAAAUCGAGGAUUUCGAUGAUUACAGAAAGACUCGAGAUCGUUUUUGGUACGAUAAGAUGUUUGACCGAUACAUUCAUCGCUACUACGAUGUAAUCCCAACGAAAAAAGUGAUCAAUGUCCCCGCCAACGUCAAGAAGGUUCUGGAUGAGCGUUGGAGAUAUGUGCUCGUUGAAAUAGGAAAAAGAAAGGAGCUUACAAGUGCGGUCAAAACAUGCAAGCGGUGUAGUCUGUACGCUGCAAGCACUGAUUCUGUGGACUGUGCCGUUUGCCACCACACAUACCACAUGUACUGCGUACGACCUGUUUUGACCAGGAAACCAGCCCGAGGCUUUGCCUGGGCUUGUGCGGCCUGUAGCCGUGCUCAGGAACGGAAACUCGAAGCUCGAAAUACUCCGACUAUGGGCGAAUCCCACCACGAACCAGAGGAAGAGAUCAUCGAGGAGGAAGAAGAAGAGCCAAACGGCGUCGGCAACGGCACCGGUGGCAGUACCCCUGCUCUUGUUGAGGAAGAAGCGCUUCGACCAGCCACGGAGGAACAGGUUGCGCAAGCCAGGAUGUGGCCGUACCGGUAUUUGGGUAUCCACUGUCGGGUGGAAGAUGCCUUGGACUACGAUGACCGAAUAUAUCCCCGAGCGAGUUCGCGACUAGGACCCCGACACCAGGCCAACAUUCUUCCAUGGGCAGGACGCCCUGUGGAAUACGUCAAACCCAUCGAUAUCAAGAAAAAGUACAUGAAGAGCUCUGGCAGCCGCAAGGACUCCAAGCUUGGAAAAGAGGCUCUGGCCGCAAUUGAAGCAGCGAAGCAAGAAAAGGCAAACCGCCCUAAAUGGGUUAUGGAUGAGCCAACUGGAUACGUCCGACGUGGAGAGGAUGAGCCAGUCCCGAUGGGUGGAAAGCAGGUUCGUACGGCUGAAUUGAAAUUCAAAAUGCCUACUGCCUCGCAACUGCCUUCCCGAGGUGAGGACGAUGCGCCUGGCGCGGAACUUAGCCCUGCUGAGCGGGAAAAAUUCAUCGAUGACUAUAUGAAUCGCGCAAAGGAACUGGCGCCCCACAUUGGAGUUGAGAAGUAUUCGACAAACUUCCUGGACAAGGCCCUGGAGUUGCUCUACUCUGAAAGCUUCAACGCCGAUGCCGCCCUCGCGAAGCUGAAGAAAGCCAACAAGUACAAGGAUCUCAAAGAGCCUCAUUUGCGCCCCGAGGAGCUUAAAUUAUUCGAGCAAGGAGUCGCCAAGUACGGAUCCGAGUGGCGAAAUAUCACCAAGCAUGUCAAGACCGUUCCGCAUUACCAGAUUGUCCGAUUCUAUUACAUGUGGAAGAAAACGCCACGGGGUAGACAGGUUUGGGGCAACUUCGAAGGGAAACGGGGCAAGAAAGAAGCCAAGCGACAUAACACCACCGCCAAACUCGUGGAUGAUGUGGCUGAUGACCAGGACGAUUCUGCCUUUGAUAAUGACAAAGCGGCCGACAAGAAGCGUGGGUUCCAGUGCAAAUUUUGUACAACGCGAAAUUCGCGCCAGUGGCGGCGCGCGCCUGGAGUUGCGCCCGGCUCUACGGUUCCGGCGGAGCCGUCGUCCAACAAACGCGAUAAAGGGCCACAGCUCCAGGUUGCCCUAUGUCUACGGUGUGCACUACUGUGGAGAAAGUACGGGAUACAGUGGGAAAAUGUCGAUGAAGUCGCGAAGAAGAUCGCUCAAAGCGGUAAUAAGUCGUGGCGUCGGCGCGUUGAUGAAGAGUUGCUGGCCCAACUUCUUGUCGCCACAGAGAUCCCCAUUAGCAUAAGCAGUGCUACUGCAGCUACCGCAGCUUCGAUUGGCGUCCCUGUUAACGCCAACCCUCAGGUCCAGCAAGAAUCUGGCAAGAAGACCAAUAACGGGAACAACAAGGGACGGGCGGAUAAUAAGGACAGUGCGGCAACUUCGGCUGCUACAUCAGUUGAACCUGCGCCAAAGAAGAAGACCGCUCCCGAAAAAGCCCCCGAGCCAGCACCGAUCAUCCCGGAUCCACCAAAAGCCAAGACGCUUCCUUGUGCCAUCUGCAACAGCAUGGAACCUAUGGGGGAUCAGCAUGUGUCCUGUCGGGAUUGUCGCUUGACCGUCCAUCGGUCUUGCUAUGGUGUCAGCCCGUCGCGCAACUGUGUCAAAUGGCUGUGUGACAUGUGCUCCAACGACAGGAACCCGAUGAUCUCUACCUGUUACGAAUGUGUGCUGUGUCCUGUUACGUGGACCGAACACGAACUGAUGGAGGCGCCAAGAGUUUCACACAAGAAGAAGACAGACCGAGAUCGCGAAAAGGAAAGGCUGGAGAAGGAGAUGGUGAACGAGGCUAUCAAGCUGUACCGCCAGAGACAAGAGGCUGUUGGAAAACCGAUUGGCCCCCGAGAGCCCCUGAAGCGAACCGCCGGAAACAACUGGGUGCAUGUUACGUGCGCUGUUUGGACCCCCGAAAUCAAAUUCGGCAACGCCAAAGAACUUGAGCCUGCAGAGGGUUUUGGGUUCAUUCCAGCGGACAAGUAUCGCGAGACUUGCAAGAUCUGCAAGACCAACAAAGGCGCGUGCGUUUCUUGUCAUCACAGUGGCUGCAAUGCUCAUUUCCACGUUGGCUGUGCUUUCCAGGCACAGUACAAGUUUGGAUUUGACAUCACUCCGGUCAAGAGCUCUCGCAGGGAUACUGUGCACAGCAUGCGACUUGGCGACGAAGUUGGGUCUGCUGCGCCGGCGAUUUGGUGUCCUCACCACACAGCUUCUCCCCAUUCUCAUGACAUAGGGGAAGCGACAGAACAGGAGGGUCUCAAUGCUUUGCAACGCUUUGCCCAGACUUACAAGCAGGCAGACUUGACCUUGACUGGAACUAUCCGUAAGGCAGCCUACGUUCAACAGACUGUUGGAGCCUCGCAAAAUGUCCCAGUAUUUGGACACCGACGACCAUCCGCAGUCAAUGGUGUUGCAGCUCUGUCGCCCACCAAAGAUGGCCCCAAGAACUCAACGACAUCACCCGUGGAUGCGCCGGAUGAAAUGGACAUCGAUUCAGAGGGUCCUGCUCCUCGUCCGGUCACUGGAACGGACGCGGAGAGGAAAUGCGCACGCUGCGCUUCAGCAUUCAGCCCAAGGUGGUGGCCUCUCGACAGACCACGCCGAUUAACCGGUGUUAGCAACAGGACACCAUUACUGAAUGGAAUUGGGUUGGGUAGUCCUCCAUUCCAUGGCCCCUCUUUAACGAGGCCCAACGGAGAUUACAGCCCUACUGGUGGAGAACAGCAAACGUCUUAUGAAUGCCACAAGUGUCAUCUCAAGACCUUGGCGGCUCCGCCCUCUCCUGAGCCCAAGCCCUCUCCGUAUUCAGGCCAGCGACCGGUCCUCCCAGCGCCACGGCUUCCAGAAUACCACCCUCAUCCUUACGGGCCACACGCACACCCGACCCCUGCAGGGGUUCUUCCAAGGCCACUUGGACCGGCUCCUCCUCCGCCUCAGUAUGCCGGGUAUGACCCCCGCUCGCCUGAAGCGCUUCGCAAUGGUACUAUAUCAGUUCCGACUUACCAUGGCGGCCCGGCGCCACCACCACCACCACCACCACACCAUGCGCCUCACCAUAUGAACGGCUAUCAGCAGCCUUCUCAUCAUGCACCUCCACCCCCACCACCAGCCCAUUAUACCAAUGGCGCACCGCCUCCGCCGCCUCAGGCAUAUCCGACACACCAUAGUCCUUAUGGCCCCGUCGCAGUUCCUUCCCCGCAUCCCUCUCACACACCAGGACCACGGCCGUUCGCAUCGUCGACAUCACCACCUAGUGUGCAAGCGACAAUGGUGCGACAUUCGCCUCAGCAUUCAUUGAGCGCGUUAAACGCGGGACCUCCUCGGGUUUAUUCAGUGGAUCGCGUUCUCAGCGUGCCAGCGCAGUCACCGCCAGUCUCGCAAGCACAGAUUGAUCCGCGGGGUCCGACACCUCCGAGUCGGUUAGAGGACACGCCCGUUCCCGCCCCAGCGGUGCCGAUGAGCAGCGGGCGACACGCAAGUGUUAAUGGGACGAGCGGUGGAUCUGGAGCCAGCGCCAGUCCAUCAUUGAAGAAUCUACUGUCCUAGGCUAUAUAUGAAUCUUGGUGGGAACGAUGGAAGGAGGGUUUUGUACGAUCUUCUGAUUUUCUGGCAUCGAAAAAUAGGGAAUUGGGACGAUGCCAGUUGUCCGCAUAUUUUAUAUUUUUUUUCCUUUCACUUUAUUUAUUCAUUUUUGUCACCCUGCUUCUCUCUUUUUUUUCCCU